AUGGCUUCUGCUUCAUUCCCAGGUGUUCCAGUAUUACUGGUUCUCUUCUUCCUCGUGAUCAAUAUCACUCCAUCGUUGACUCAAGACACCGAACAACUGAUCGAGCGUAUCUGCAGGCAAAUGGAGCAGUAUGGAUUUUGCAGCCAAACCUUUAAAGAAAACCUGAAGUCUCCUAAUGCUGAUAUCUUGGCCCUCACCCAGAUUACCGUAGAGCGUGCUUUAGACAAUGCCACCCAAACACACGACUUCAUUAGGCAACUGCUUGAAAGCACAACCGACACAGCACUCAAAAGCGCUCUGGAAACAUGCGAGUAUAGUUACCGUUUGGUGAUGGAGGCGUUUCAAUCGGCUGCGGUGGCGUUUUUCCAGAAGGAUUACGACAGCGUAGAGAAGUCUGAGAGUGGGACGCCGAGAGCAGAAGCUAGCUGCGCAGACUCACUGAGCAAGAUGCCGCCAAAUACUGCGAACCCACUGACUGAGAGAAAUAAUCAGAUGAGGAUUCUACUUGCCAUGGCUUUGGUUUCAGUGCAUGAACUAAAGUCUACCCAGAACAACUAG